AUGGACAGUUCGUGUAGUGUAAUCUUUGAUAAUGAUACUCCAAAGGUCAUUUCUCUGUCAGAUGAUUCCAAGCAAGAUCUUGUAAAACAACACAAAACAAAUGAUGUGUGUUUGGUCCAGUUUACAGCAAAUAAACCAAGCUAUGAAGUAGGGGCUUCAUCACAGCUUAAAAUAUCCUUUGGUAAAAAGAAAACAGAUAGCGCUGUUGGGUCAAGUGAGAAGACAGCGGCUGUGUGGAAGUUGUCAGCUAUGGAUAUGGCCGAUGAUGAUGUAGAUUUAGUUAAUGAAGAUGAACUUUUAGAUGAAGAUGACUUGAAAAGACCAGAUCCUGCUUCAUUGAAAGCUGACUGUGGGACAGGUGCAGACAAGAAGAAAAAAGCCUGCAAAAAUUGUACUUGUGGUCUGGCAGAGGAAUUGGAUGCUGAGGCAGCUAAGUCAAAGCCAAAAACAGCAACGUCAGCAUGUGGUAGUUGUUACUUGGGAGAUGCAUUCCGUUGUUCAAGUUGUCCAUAUUUGGGUAUGCCAGCAUUUAAAGCAGGAGAGAAAAUCACCUUGUCAAACAGACAGUUACAGGCUGAUAGAUAACAAACAGACUUUGUAAUGAAGCGAUUGAGUGGAGUGAUAGGAACAGCGAACAUCUGUGUUGGCAGAUCAUCUGUUUUAAUUAGAGAAUAUCAAUCAGCACCAUAGUCACAAUCAUAUUUUAAUUGUAAAAUUGCGAGCUUGUAAUUUCAUGGAAAAAAACACAAACUUUUGACUAUCAAAAUCAGGUGUAUGUUUGAAAAAAAUUGUCUCUUUAUUUUUUCAUUGCAAACUUUUUUCGCUUGAACUCUGAUAAUUCGAACUCAUCAUCAGGUCCUGGCAAAAUCCCUGUAUGAUGUUUAUUGUUCAAUUGCUCGAACUACUGAUCACUCAAACAAAAUUUUGCAGGUCCGAUUGAGUUUGAGCGAACGAAGUUUGACUGUAUAUAUCUGUUACAAGUUACAUUAUGAUGAAUAUUAUGUUAUAAAGUUAACUGAUUGAAACAAAAUUUUCUUAAAUUAAUCAAAAUUUCUAUGUAUUGCUGUUAUUUUGUUGAAUUUGUGACUAGAAUUAUGUGGAUCAUGCCUUUCGGAAACGAACUGUCAAGUUAAAUGUUGGUGACAAAAACUUCCAAGACAGAUUUUGUAAAUGGCAUGCAGAGAUUUCAGCCAAUCUUGUCACUAGUGAUUAUCAGUUUCCUUCUGUAAAGUGACGCAAUUUUCAGAUCUAGAAUACUUCGUUACACACAAAAAUAAAUACAAAGUAUGAAUUCAUGAAUAUAGAAUUUUUUUUUAACUGAAAAGCAACAUUGCUUUUCAUUCAUAUUCUAACUUUCACUUCUGAUAUGAAGGUGUAGUAUUAAAGAGAAACUGUUUAUGUUAUGAAAUGUGUAAUUUCCUUAUUUACAAUGGCAUUUAGUGUGUGAAUCAAAUAUAUGCUGUUAUACUUAGACGUGGUGUAGAACUAUUUUCAAUUUGCCAGGAAAACAUUGUGGGCCUGGGAUAAGGUAAAUAGGUGUUAACUUUUGAAUCCCAGUAUCAAAAUUCGUGUCAUUUUAGAGACAGUAGUUGCCAGAAGAUCAUUAGGUGUUCAGAUUUUCAUGAUAAAAAUGGUGUCCUGUGUAUAAAUUACAUCAAUGUUAUUGUAUACCAGUGUGAAGUGGUUUAAUUUUUCAUACUUUACAUGUUAGACUAGCUACUCUCAAAGCAAAGCAAAUAAGAAAUGCAUACAAAUGGUUUUAUUGGCAAUUUCCAAUUUUUGCGGUAAUAAAUGCAGAAAGUCAUGAAGUAUAAAAGCAUAAUCUGAUCUUGUGAUCAAAUGUCAAAACAUGUUUGCUAGAAAAAAAAACAGAAGUGAAAAUGAGAACCUGAAAAACAAAAUUGCAGCUCCAGCAUUUUCAUGUAAUCUGCAAUCAGGAAAAGUUAAACUUCUGUUUAAGCUUUUUGCAUCUAAAUAUUUAGAUUAAAAUAAAAAAAUGAUUUUCCUCCUACUGAAAAGGUAUGUUUUUAUAAGUUUGUCGUCUUCAAAAUAAAGACAUAAAAAUGUUGAAAAACCUGUUUUUAUUUAGUUUCUAUUGUCUUGCAAAUACAUAUGUUUAUUUUUAUCAGUGUGCUAAUUAUUUGUAAAACUGUGGUAACAAAUAAAUUAUAAAUACUGA